AUGGCUGCUCCCUCCAGCGCCGUCGCUCAAGCGCAAGCUGCAGCCGCGCUCGCAGCAGAAGAACAAGCCGCAGCAGCAGCGGCCGCAGGGGAGGAGCAGCCGGAGGCAGCGGCGGCAGCGGCGGCACAAGCAGCGGCGGCAGCAGCGGCACAAGCAGCGGCGGCAGCGGCUGCACAAGUAGCGGCGGCAGCAGCAGUGGUGGUGCAUCCUCCUCCCCCUCCCGUCAACCAAAACCCUGAGGUGAACGUGGGAGGAGACCAGCCCGCCGUGAAUCUCAACGCAGUCCUCCAGCAACUUUUGGCUGGUCAACAAGCGCAGGCUGUCUUCAAUGCGAACAUCGCGCAGCAACUGGAGCAAUUGCAUCAGCAGCAACCACCGGUCGCCGCCCCGUUCGCUGGCCAAUUCCUGGCGGAGCCUGCGGGAGGAGUUCUACACCCCCUCCCGGCCAUCGGAGGAGUUCCGCACCCCCACCCGCCCGCUGCUGCUGCCCCGGCUCGCGCGGCCGCGCCCGCCGGUCUGUCGGAGGGCGCGAAGCUGGCGGCCAAGCUUCAGGCGAAUUUGUGGGCCACGGACGCGGCCACACCCAAGUGGUUCAUCAUUCGCGGCGGCUUCCAUGUCGGGCGCGUCAUGAACAAGGAGCGGCUUACCCUAGCGACUAGAAAAUUCGCUCUCAUCACCGACAAGGCGGCCGCGCAAAUCUCUAAAUUGACGGACUUUGCGGCCGAGCACUUCUUCACCAAGAUGCCAGACGGGGUGCUGCCCACGGCAAUGCCGCCGCAAAUGCAUAUCACGGUGGCGGUGAAAGUGUUUUUCGCAGCUAUCGAAGCCGGCAUGGGGGGGGCGGAUGCUCUCUGCACGGAGCGCGUGAAGAGCCUGCACAGGGAAUUUCUGGCGGUCGAAUCUCAGCUCUCAGCGUACCUUACGCUCCAUUUCGUGGAGCUGGCCGCGUUCCCGGCGAAGACCCGCGACACUGUCUUGGCAGCGUACAACAUUGGUUUCAACGACUUUUUCCACGAUCUAGCGGCGCGGGGCGAGGACUUGCUGCAGGAACAUAGCAACGGCCCCCCAACGUCGGCCUCCGUCAUCAGCAUGGAGUCGCCGAAGUUCACGAAGCUAAAAAACCUGAUCAAGGAGGAAGACUCUAAUUCCCUCGUCGCGAGGUCAAAGUCAUGGUCCGCGGAGAAGACGGCCCCGCCCACCCCCGCCGCCGCAUCUGCCGCCGCCGCCUCCGCCGGGGAGGAGGGGGGGGGCGCGGGAGCGCCAACUUUGGCCGCGGGGCCGGGGCCGGGAGCGGGACUUGACGGGGCGGGCUCUGCCUUCAGGCAGAGCCGACAUCAGGAGGGAGGGGGUCUCCAGCGGGAGCCGGUACCCUCUUCGCAGACAUCGGGAGAUCCGUCGGGGUUCCCGGUGUCUCCACACCUGGGGACAGACGCUCUCGGAGCCGCAGGUCCGGAUGUUCAGCAAACACACGCCCACCAAUUCGCCGUAGUAGGAACCGCAGGGACAGAUGCUCACGGAGCCACAGGUCCGGAUGUUCACGGCUUCCACAGCUCAGAGUUGGCACUUGUAAGAACCGCAGGGACGGAUGCUCACGGAGCCGCAGGUCCGGAUGUUCAGUGCAAAAACACCCACAACGCAGAGUCCGCCGUAAUAGGAACCGGGGGACAGAUGCUCACGGAGCCACAGGUCCGGAUGUUCACGGCUUUCGCAGCACAGAGUUGGCACUUGUAAGAACCGUAGGGACGGAUGCUCACGGAGCCGCAGGUCCGGAUGUUCAGUGCAACCUUGUCGCAAAUGGAACACUCACAACGCCAAACGAGAAAACCAGUAGCUUCAGCAGGCUCCCAAAAAUCGGGGCUCGUUGGGAUCACGGGUCGGCUCGAUGGCCUCGAUAUGGAGGGGUUUCGAGUGAUAGGUCGCAGAGAAGCUCUCGAUGGCACGAACAAAAAGAAGCCCUCAACAACCCAGAACUCGAUCAGACAGAAAGAGAGCGCAUCCUUUACCUUCUCGCAAAAACGGGAACGAGCAUGAUGCGCGAACACGGAGGACGCAUAGGCGACGUAGCGCGCUGCUUGGGUGGUAACAUGGUGACCCCCCCAGUAGACCCCGCAGCCGUCAGAGACUAUUUCGGAAGGCGGAAGUGGUUUCCACAAAUCGAAGAACUGAUGACUAUCAUUACGGGGGGCAUGCCGGUUAUCACCGAGACCUCAAGCACAGACUUAGAGCGUGCGCUGCGUUACGG